GGUGGUGAUGUGUGUGCCACUGCUUUUUUUUAGUUCAGCUAGGGGACGCAAUGCUUUUUUUUGCCUCUAGAACGUGAGAACAUAAAAGCUGAAGAACUAUAUGUUACUAUGUAACAAAGUCGAUUCACCACCAGAAAUAUGAUUUAUGUACGCACACUAUGGUGGUACGUCUAUGAAUGUAUAACACCUUGUACAUAUUUGUAUUAUAUUGUUGUAGGGGGAGGGGUAAUAAUAUACACACUAAUUAAACAAAUAAUAUACGAUUUAAAUAGUUGACGAAUGCUCAUGUGAUGUGAGGCGAAGAGACAGAAGAAGUCUUCUUCCAUGAAGCUUCAAGGACAUGAUCCCCCUUCGAGCGUUCACAUUACACAAUUUCUAUUUGACGCAGUACACUUAUAUAUAAAUUUAAUUUAUUUCAUUUGGGAAUUUUAAUAAUACUCUAACUAAAUAAGCACGAUGUAUGUAGACUUUUAUCUACACUUAUUGGUUCAAUUAUUAAAAAGGAAGUUAUAAUGUGAAAUUAACAAAAUUUUCAUUUUGAAGUUAUUCAUUGUUUAUUAAUCUUACACUUGCAACGCAAGAAAAUGCAUUAUAAAUCAUAUGGCACUCAUUUAUUUGUAUUCAUGUUUUUAUUUUUGCAAUGUUAAAACAUACAAAACAAAGAAAUUUAUCACAAAAGUCUACUAAAUUUUAAAUUCUGGUUUCAUUGUUCUAGUUGUAAUAUUUUUUUAUCGUCCCUAUUAAAACGGAGAAGUGGUAUUAUUAUCAAUAUCAAAUUAAGUCAGGAAAUAAUUUACUUCUGUUUAGCUAGUUAGUUUAAGAUAAAUAACACAGAUAUGAUUGGAGGAGAGAGUCCAAGGAAUUCAAUAAAAAUUCAAUUAAAAAUUGAUCAUGUUGAAGAGUUGACGCUUUGGAUCCCCUCAAAGAAACUGCACAAAGCCACAAAUGGCUAUAAAUAAAGGGUUUGAUUAAGUAUGUGAAGAAAAAAGCAGACACCAAAAGAAAAACAAAUUUCAAAGAAGAAUAAGAAGGAGAAGACAAAGAUCUUCUUAUAAAUCUAAAAAUGGAGGUUCUUCUGAAAUUACCCACUUCAGAUUCUCUUCUUACGGUUAAAGAUCAUGGAUCUGCUAAAAUACAUGAAGCUAUUAAGGGUGACGGCGACCAUCAAGAACUUGAAUCUGCCAAGGCCGAGAUGAGCGAGGUGAAGCAAGAGAACGAGAAGCUUAAAGGGAUGCUAGAACGAAUUGAGAGUGAUUAUAAAUCUCUCAAACUCAGAUUAUUCGACGUAAUUCAACAUGAACCUUCAAACAACCCUACUCAUCAAAGCGUAGUUGAUCUUCGGACAGAUUUGAGUUCUUUAGAUCAAGAAGGUGAGCUUGUGUCGCUUUCUCUCGGGAGAAGAAGUUCUUCACCGAGUGAUAACACCUCGAAAAAGGAGGAGAAAGCCGACGCAAUCACCAAAGAAGUCAACUCUGACGAAGAGCUGACCAAGGCUGGUUUGACCUUAGGAUUCAAUAACGGCAACGACCGUGAACCAAACAAGAGUUUAUCUAUCGUGGAUAGCUUGGAAGAAGCAAGUAAAGUUACGGGGAAGAGAAGCUCUCCGUCACCACUGGCCUCUGGUGGCGAUGCUGAUGGAGAGGCCGGUCAGCAAAAUAAUGUAAAGAGGGCUAGAGUUUGUGUUAGAGCGAGAUGUGACACUCCAACGAUGAAUGAUGGUUGUCAAUGGAGAAAAUAUGGUCAAAAGAUUGCAAAAGGAAAUCCAUGUCCACGAGCAUAUUAUCGCUGCACGGUUGCACCUGGAUGUCCCGUUAGAAAACAGGUCCAAAGAUGUGCAGAUGACAUGUCCAUACUAAUCACAACCUAUGAAGGAACACAUAGCCAUCCUCUUCCUCUCUCAGCCACCACCAUGGCCUCAACUACUUCAGCCGCCGCCUCCAUGCUCCUCUCCGGUUCCUCCUCCUCAUCAGCCGCCAAAAUGAUCGGAAACAACCUCUACGACAGUUCAAGGUUCAUCAACAACAGCAAAUCCUUCUAUGCACCCACCCUUCAUUCUCCAUUACAUCCCACCGUCACUCUAGACCUCACGGCACCACAACACUCUUCUUCUUCGUCAUUACCUUCUUUAAACUUCAACAAAAUCUCCAACUCUUUCCAAAGAUUCCCAUCCACAAGCCUAAAUUUUUCUUCUAGUUCUUCUUACACUCCAUAUCCUUAUAACAACGUCCAGUUUGGAGGGUCUAACCUAGGAAAAACAGCCCAAAAUAGCCAGUCCUUAACCGAAACCCUAACGAAAGCGCUUACUUCUGACCCAAGUUUCCAUUCAGUGGUCGCAGCUGCGAUCUCAUCUAUGGUCGGAUCCAACGGGGAGCAACAGAUCGCUGGUCCACGGCCUUCUAUUAGCAAUAGCAUUCAACCAACCGCCGCUACAAAUAAUAACAAAGGAUGUGGAGGCUAUUUUAGCAGCUUACUGACGUCCAACCUAAUAACAAACAAUCAAAUGGGUGCGUCUUUGGGUCAACCAUCUUCGCAACUUCCUCCAUUAUCUAUGUUCAAUCAUCCUUCUUCUUCGUCUUCUACGGCUACUUUCGUUAACAAGGACGAGAAAAGCUAGUAUUUGUAUAAGAACGACCUCGGACCUCGUUUAAUUUUUGGGGUGAUUUUUUUUUUUUCAGUUAGGUGUUAGUUGUUACAGUAUUGUAUCAGAAGAUGAUAAUUAAAUGAACAAUUGAUGUUUACAUGUGUUAAAAAAAAUUAAUGGAUAGAUCAACUCAACCUUAAUGUGUACAAUUAAUGGGGUGCAUAUCUUCUAACUUUUGAUUUAAAUUUUUUUGGACAGAUCUGCUAGGUCAACUCAACCUUAGUGGGCCUGAAAUGCGCCUUGGUGAGAAUUCUUUGACAUGUAACCAAAACGUGAAAUAAGUAUGUGAUGCACGUAAAAAGGGUGUGAUUGAAAACGAAAACUUUGAAAACACGAUCCAGUUUUAUCUCCUAACUUCUCUACAAAUCACAAAUUCGUCAGAGUUUCCUAUUUUCGUCUUGUUUUAUCAAAACCAGUAAACCUAUAAAUUCUCACCAGAUAUUCCAUCUUCACUCAUAUUCCAUCUUAACUCAUAUUACUUAUAAUUUACUUCUUGUUUUUUCUUCAGCAUGGCGAGAGUUUCUGUUUUGUUAUGUUUGGUUUUAUUGGUUACAUUAGGAGUCGUGGUGAGUUUCUCAUUUGCACUUAACACGGAAACGACAUUGCAACAUCAGGAGAGCAGUAAGACAGCAACUACACUUGAUCAUAAGAGUACACAUAACGUGCAAGCAGGACAACAGGUCACUGGUGAUCAACAUGGCAUUAAGAAGAAGGGUGAAGAUACCGAUAGUGAAACUGAUACAGAUGAUGAUCAUACCGAUGAUGAUACUGAUGAUGAUACGGAUGAUGAUA